AUGGCAAGCUUGAAGGCGCAAGAUGGCGCCAUCGACCAUCGCCCGGAGCCCAAGGACUUGACGCAUCACUUAAGCAGAGCGACUCGCACCCGACAAGCCAGCUCCAUCAAGCAGUUCUACAAGUACUUCGCCAUUCCUGGCAUUGGACAGCUUGCGGGAGGUUUACCCAACAAUUACUACUUCCCCUUCGAUACGCUCGAAGCGAAGGUUGCUAAGCCAGAACGAUGGCAACCAACGCCCAACAAGCCCGUCGACCCACCACCAAGUGAAGAUGAUGUCGCGAAGAGGGUGUCGAAGCUGGGCGUCGGCGCAACCCAGAGUCCGUUGAACCAACCUCAAGGCACUGUCUACGUCCCGCAUACCAGCCAGCAGAAGAAUCCGAUCAAGAAGAUCGAUCUGAGCACUGCGCUUCAGUAUGGCACCGCUCAAGGCUACCCGCCGCUCUACUACUUCAUCCGCGAGUUUACGCGCGACCACAUGCACCCCAACUGUCCAUACAACGGCGGACCGGAGGUUAUCUUGACAUGCGGCAAUACGGAUGGCUUCUCCAAGGUGCUCCAAGCCUUGUCGAACGAGUGGUCGGAGGAGAAGGACUGGAUCAGGGAUCGUGAAGGUCUCCUGGUGGAAGAGUUCUGCUACAUGAAUGCCGUGCAAGCUGCCAGGCCUAGAGGCUUGAACAUCGUUCCCGUCAAGAUUGAUGAUGAGGGUAUGAAGGCUGAUGGCCCAGGAGGGCUGAGGGACGUCUUGGAGAAGUGGGAUACGAAGAAGGGCAAGCGGCCGCACUUGAUGUACAUGGUCACCAUGGGUCAGAACCCUACGUCUGGCGUGCUCUCUCUGCAACGCCGCCGCGACAUCAUCGCGCUUUGCAACCAGUACGAUAUCAUCAUUGUCGAAGAUGACCCGUACUGGUACCUCCAGUUCCCGACCUCCACCGCUAGCAGCGGCUACGCCUUCCUCGACAGUCUUGUCCCUUCCUUUAUCAACGUUGACACCGAAGGCCGCGUCAUUCGCCUCGACACUUUCUCCAAGACCGUCGCACCAGGGUGCAGACUCGGUUGGAUCUCCGCCCAGCCUGCGCUCGUGGAGCGGAUCUUACGUAUUACCGAGACGAGCACGCAGCAGCCUUCGGGUUUCGUGCAGAGCAUGAUCGCCGAGCUCAUCCUCGGGCCCGAUCAGAGCGGUCUGGCUUCGGACAAGAAGCCUUCGAAAGGCAGUAAAGGCGGUCCGCUCAACGGCGAUGGCUGGAAAGCUGAUGGCUGGGUCCGCUGGCUUGAGGGGCUGCGCGGCAACUAUGAACGUCGCAUGCAGAAGAUGUGCCACAUCCUCGACGACGGCCGUUUCCUCGUGAAGUCCGGCCGUCGCAAUAGCCUUUCCGAAGAAGCAGAUGAAUGGUCCGUUGUUGAGAAGACACAAAUCUAUUCCUUCGACUGGCCAAUCGGCGGCAUGUUUAUCUGGCUGAAGGUCCACUUUGAUAAUCACCCACUGUACGCCACAUACGCCAAGGCCAACGAACUGGAGCGGCUCGCGCGCGCACUUUGGAUCCUCUGGACAACCAAGCCGUUCUUGGUGUUGGUCUCGCCGGGAACGAUCUUCAGUCCGACACCCGAAAUCAGGGAGAAGGAGGGGUGGAAGUACUUCAGACUCUGCUUUGCGGCCAUCAACGAGGAGGAGCUGGAGCCGACGAGCAAGAGGUUGGCGGAUGGUGUGACUGCUUUCUUCAAGAUAAAGGAGAAGAGCAAGAUCGAGGAGCUGUUGAAGGAUGACGAGACUGCGGUGGCGAGUCAGGACGGUUUGGCCCAGUUGGCACAAAUGAUCGGGCCGUGCUGA